GCGAUUCGGAUGGGCUGCAGAAUCUUCUCUUUCGCGAAGGCGCUUUUGGAGUCCGAAGGUGCGGGCUCUUUGGCAGUCGCGAUAGCACUUGGUGCGGGCCGGCCGUCAGUGGAGGCUGCCGUGGAUCCACUCAAGAAGCAGCUGCUAGCCUCCAGGAAAGUCCUCCAGCGAUGGGCGACUGAAGCGGCGGAGCAUGGCAAGGCUGCGCUGGCCUGUGCCGUUUGGUCUCAUCUCGCCAUGCUUCAGUCCUGCCUUGGCUGGGGCGAGGCUGAAGCUCCGGUGGCACUUUUGGCCUCGCAGCUGCUGAUGUCGAUGCACGGCCUGGAUGCAGUCUUUGAAAGGAGCGAAGGGCGUAGUUCUUUCAGUGAGAGCCACGCAUCGCCCAUGGUUCGCACUGGAUCGGGACAGCUGCCUGGUGCAGAGCAGGAUCCCAUGGGAGGAGGCUCUGCUUGCGAGAUGUUCGCGAUCCUUGCAGAGGAGCGCACGAAUCUGGCCCGAUGGCUACGCCAAGGAGGUAGCCAAGCCUCAGCCGCGCUUGAAGCCGUGGUGGCCAUCGCGUCACUUUCCAAAGGCAGCAGUUCAGGGGCCGCUGCCAGCUCUUGGACAGAAGUUCGUCCAGGUGUGUUCAUGCGUUCUGCUGAAGCCCCGUUCCAGGACAAUUCCAAGCUCAGACCUGGUCAGAAAGUCGAAGAGUAUUUGCAGCUCUUGGCAUCCUUGCCAAAGCUCGCGUAUGACACCAACUUGGGCAGCUUCGCCAUGCAGCAAGGAGAGCUUCAAGUCUUGCCAGGCUGGGCAUCCACCUCUCCAGAGCUUCAAGACGCUUUUGGAGAGUCAUCCGAACUCCACGGCAUACUCUCAAGUCUCGUACAGAGAACCGAGCAUCGCGAGUGCAUCAAUCUCGCCGGCCAAAGAUGCGACGUGCACCACUGGACGCCGGAUCCGCGGCCCUGGCCGAACCCUGUUGCUGCCCGUGGGGCUCGCUGUUCCUGGCUUGACGAAGCCGUGAAGGCGGCAGGAGGCCUUCCCACAGGCUUGGGCGCCAGUCGCCUGCUCGGGAGCUCGGAGAGGAUGGCACGUCUUGCUUGCGAGGUCGAGGGCAUUGAGGUGAUCGUGCUCCGAGAUCCUCCUGUGGUGCAAGUUUUCGAGCAGUGCUCGCACGCGAGAAUGGUCUUUCGAAGGUUGCGAUGGACCAGCGAUGCCUGUUGGUGCUUCACAGGCUUUGCCUCGCAGGAGCCCUGGACCUCUGGGUCGGGCAUUUGGUGCCUCUGCUCUGGACAUGGGGGAGUCCCUGGCUCCUCCGGCAAGCAGCCGCCGGCACCCGGAAGCAAAGAGACCGUGCUCAUCCAGAGGGACUUGCAGGAGGAAGGCAAGGCCGUGCGGGAGCGACAGACAAGGUCUGAUCUGAUGAGAGGCCUCCUCCCCGAGACCCUGCUACGCACUUUUCGAUUCUGGAGGGGCACCGAUGGACUUCUGCGUGGAGAGGAGAGGCACCCAACACAACCUGGUCAGCAUCUGCAGGUGGAACGCAUUGACGACGACCGGGUCAGAGUCUGGCGGUAUCUGGCGUCCAGCCACGUGGAUGCAGCUCAACCCAGGCAGACGCCCCACAGGCAGCUGCUGCUCAACCUCAUGCUCAGCCAGAGCGACUCUCCUUUGCGGCACCUGGCUGACGUGCUGACACGCAUAGAAGACCUGGCCUUCAUUCUCUGUUGGGCAGACGAGCAAGGUCGGGUGGCAGAAGUGGCCCUGCCGCGGCUCGGACUAAACUUCAAGGUCAACCGCCAGGGCUGUUUGGAGUGCCUGGGCUUUGGCGGCCUCAGCAUCGCGGCCGAAGCACGCCUGGCGGAGCAGUCGGUCUCAAGCAAAGUCCGGCAUCGACUGCAGCAGUUCGGCGGUGCAGCUCUGCUUCUACAGGGCGAGGAGGGUGAACUGGCCGUCCUGUGCUCUGCGCUGCAGCGCCCGCGGCGUCCUGCUGGAGGGCCUUCCCCCGUGGAAUGGGGGGCCCCCUUGGUUUUUGAUCGAAGCAACCGGAUGGGCAGUGGCUCGCCCGGGCCCGGGCACUACUUCUUCUCCCUCCACUCCUCGCAGACGUACGCGCAAGCGCAGGACCUCGCGGCAGAGCUCUACCGCCUGACUUGCUGCUGGCUUAUGCACCGCUACGACGAGGUGGUGCGAUCAGCCAGCUCUCUAGGCUGCGACGCUCUCACCUCCCAUGAGGCCGCCUUGUGGUCACAGCUCGGCAGCGAGACGGCCCACGAUCAGCAUGUGGACGCCCAAGCGUGCCGCCUUCAUCUAUCCACAGCACUGCAACCUUUAGGUUUAGAACCUCCGUGGUCCGUGAGGGAUGCCUACGUUCAGUUUCUGCUCAACCGCCAUCACUGCUCAGCAAGCUGCCUCCUGACGCCGGAGCUGGAGCUGCAGGUGUUGAAGAUGGUGCCGGAGCUGGAUGGCAUCAGCUGGCUCCUGCGCAACCGCCGGCGCAUCCUCGAGGCACAGAGUGGCGUUCUCGUAUGCUUGGAGCCGCCACCCCUUGCUCCCGGCGACGGCUAUGAGGUCAAAGUCUUCUCUGAGACCUCAGCGGUUGAAUGGACUUCGGCGAUCAGCUUGGCACCAUCGGCAGAGGAACACCCACGCAGUGGCCCUUCAGCCCUUCGCUUCAUUGAGCAGCAGCUUUCACCCGGGCCUUUCUCGCUACAGCAAGCCUUUGAGAUCUUCACGCGCGUGACCUCAUUGCAGCCUUUUCCAGAUGAUGCUCCUCAUUUGGUCGCUGCUUGCCUGGCCCGGGCCUAUGGACCAGCUUCUGCGGCCUUAGCAGCUCUUGCGCGUGACGAAGGGCUUGUGGACAAGCUCCCCAAAGCGCCGAAGAAGCAAGGUCUGCUUCCCACCGCAGCGCACAAGCGAUGGUUGCAAGAGGUUAGAGAAAAGUUGGCAUCGGCCGUGCGGAGCAGUCCUUUGCCUGAGCCGCCGGCGCCGGCAGCAGUUCCUCGAGAGGUCCUCUUGCAGCACGGUGCUCUGCGACUCGCAGCCUGGCCCAUCGUGCAGGUUGCGGAUUGUGAUAUGCGCACAGUCUCGGGUAUUGCGGCCUUGCGGAAGCCACUGAAGGAGAUUUGCGAAUCAUUCUUCAGCCUUGUUACCACGACUCAGGGUGCCCCAGCCCUCGCACCGUGGCUUCUGCGUGAGAUCCAGGCAGACCAACGCUGCACGUCCAGAGGAGCCAGAUGGGUCAAGCGCUUAGAGGAGUCGAUGUUGGAACUCCAGGCGACUGUCCAGGUGCCGGCGCUGCGUGGCCACAUCCAGGAACUGACUUUGACUUUGCAGAGGCUGUAUCAGCUGCCCUUCAAACCACAACAGUCCAGCCGGCCAGAACUUGUGUUGCUUCGGUUACUGUAUCCCCAGAUCUCACAUCCUCUACCCCCACCCCACUCUUGCCCCAUUUCUCAAACAACCUGCCACUGA